AUGAUUCUACAUGCAUUUGCUGAUGCGAUCGAAGAUAGUCUUCUACUGCCGCCUCCGUCGCCUACUCCGCCGACCGUCUGUCGACACCAGCAUCCUGCCGCCGAAGCACAUGCAAACGAUUCAACACGAAACCUGUCAUCCGUGGACGCGAAAACAAGUCGCUAUGAUAAUCAGUUUUUUGGAUCUUCUGUGGUUCUGUGGUUCAGCAAGUCACAAUUUACCAAGGGCUGCACUUUCCUGUUCAGUCACUUGCACUCGUUCACCCGUUAUCGUCGGCUGUUCAUACAUGAAUGCUGCACAUGUGCAAUGCACAAUCCGUUGAUGCCGAUUUUUGAGGUAGGCCACAAUAUCGCCUAA